AUGUCCAAAAUCGCAUCGACCUUUUCGCGCCUGGUGCGCUUCGUGCCCAAGUCCAACCCCGCCAAGGUUCUGAUCGGUGAGCCGGUCGACCCGAAGCUUGAUGUUGGACUCGCCAUCUAUCGGGGCGAGGAGGUUUCCGUGCGACCUUUCUCUGGAUCUUCGAUUCUUAGCCCUGGACAAGUGACUGGUACUACCGAAACCAUUGCGCGACUGCUAUCCCCUCUGGCGCAGACCGAGGUGGGCUCGAUCCGCUGCAUCGGAUUGAACUAUAGCUCGCAUGCCAAGGAGAUGUCUCUCCCCAUCCCUGAUGUGCCGACUCUCUUUAUGAAGCCAUCGACCGCCCUGGCCGACCCAUGGCCCGCGCCUACUGUUCUGCCUAAGAUUACGCAGCUGGACAACACCGGUGACUACGAGUCUGAAAUGGUUAUUGUUAUUGGUCGCGAUGCGAAGGAUGUAUCUGAGUCUGAGGCUCUGGAUUACGUUCUGGGCUAUACCGCCGCCAAUGACGUGUCUAGCCGGACUUCACAGAUGAACCAAAGCCAAUGGUCUUUCUCCAAGGGUUUCGAUGGCGCUUGCCCUAUCGGCCCCACCCUUGUUUCUGCAGCUUUGAUUCCCGAUGCUAGCAAGCUCCACAUCCGUGGUCUUAAGAGCGGCCGUGUUAUGCAGGACUGCCCUCUGACUGAUUUGAUCUUUAGUGUUCCGCAGCUGGUCAGCUUCCUCUCCCAGGGCACUACCCUGCCUGCUGGUACCAUCAUUCUGACCGGUACUCCUCCCGGUGUUGGUGCGGCCAAGAGCCCCAAAGAGUUUAUUAAGGCUGGAGAUGAGUUCUCUGUGGAGCUCCUCCCUCACGUGGGCACCCUGAUCAACAAGAUUGAGAACCAAUAG